CUUUCUACUGCGGCUCAUGUCCUCUCCGCUACUGUUGCGCUUAGCACGGCAAAAGGCGCUGGGGGCUGUCCUAGGCUGCUCCCUGCAUUGCUUCAUUGCAGUUCUUUACUCCCAGAUCCUGAGGAUUGCAUUGGAAUCAGUUUACAGUUAGCUGUUAAAAUCAAUUGGGCUCCAACUUGACUGGAUUGCCUUUGGGUUUUUUAACCACUUUUUUUCCUUUAAAAUAUGGAAGACACCAUGGAUCAGAGUUUGGAUGGACUGGAAGAAAAUGAAUCUUGUGACGAAACAAAAUGUCUCAGUCCUGAUCCUUUGAACAAAGGAUAUUUAUUUGAUAUGGAUUCUGAUGCUUCAGAAUUCGAAGUUCCUGAGACACCCAGCCCUGUUUUUUCCAAGACGAACAGUAAACCAUAUCGAGUGGAGACUGCAGUCCAGGAUAGGAGAAUUACUAGUGAAGGGAGAAAACCUAUAUCUGUAGCACAGAACAAUACCUGUCCACCAAAGAGGUGCCUUGUAAUGACAAAUAGUACUGCAACACAGACACCUGAGAAACGUACCAAAAGACUACUUGCUGAAGAUAGCAAAACGUAUUCUUCCUGCUCGUUGCUGAAGAGUCCUGUACGACCAAAGGAAAAUAGACCUUUCUCAAGUUCAAAUUCAGCAAGAGCAAGCACUGCAAAAGCUGUUGCUACCACAAGAUACUUGCCAUCAAGAAAAUCUCCUGGGGAGUCAAAACUACUGUCUAAGUCAAGAGAUUCCAGUGCUUCUACUGUUAAAACAAACUGCUGUGUGGUUUCGCGUUGUCAUUCCCCUUCAGCUGUCUCCAGCUCUCGCUCUUCUCCAGCAAUGAAAAGGGCAAAAUCAAGUUCGGAGAGUUUUUCUGUUGCCAGCAGUUCCACCUCAAGAAGUUCUCCAGUAUGCAAUCCACAUUUGAAAGAAAGUCGAAGUAUACUUUCAGCACAAGUGUCCCCUGCCUUUGAAUUAUGUGCAGGUGGAUUUGCAGUUGCCUCUGCUUUGAGCUCUGCAGCUUCUUCUCCAGGCUCAGCACUGACUAUUUUAGCAAAUGGUGCAAGUGACUGGACUGAUCUCCUGGAUGAUGAUGACAAUGAAACAAUAGUGCCCUCAAGAGAGCAGUGGAAAUGGGAGCCACCGAUAAUUGUGGUUGAUGACGAUGAUGACUCAACUGAUAGGUUUGUUCGUUUUGCACAACUUGAAGAGGAUGAAGCAUUUGCUAGACAGCUUCAGGCGCAGUUUGACAGAGAAGCUCAGCAACACUCUGAAAAUACAAGAACUACCUCAACAAUGGAAAAUUCCCAUGAAUUUUGUGGAUUGCCUGGAUGUUCAGAGUAUGCGGGUUUAUUAGCUUCUUCAGACAUUGGAUAUUGUGGGAAGCCUGGAUGUACUGAGUUUCGGCACCAAAAUGGAAUGUUGAGUCCUGAGCGAAUUGACCCUGUUCUUGAUGAUCUGCAAAGAUUUUUCAAUGAGACAAGUGGUAGAAGCAGGAGACCCAGAAGACACAACCGGCAUCAGCAUACUUCUGUGUAUUUAGAUGAAAGUGUAAAUGAUGGUAAUGACUAUGAGGAACUCUUGGCUUAUGAAGAAAGACAGGGCUCAGCUGUUGCGCAGAGAAAACUCAGUAGUGUUGAGAUUAACUGUUUACCAGUCAAGUUAUUUGAUCCAGCACAUGCUGCAGAAAAGACGCAGUGUCAUAUCUGCUUCAAUGACUACAUGCCUAAAGAGAAGUUGAGGAUCUUGCCAUGUCUUCAUGAUUAUCACAGAAAAUGUAUUGACCGCUGGUUAAAGGGAAACUCGAGUUGCCCUAUCUGCAGAGUCGAUGUGAAUUUGGAUCAGUCUUGACAAGCAUAAGAACUACCAGAGUCAUGAGUUAGUGCAAUAAACUAUUUGACUUGAAUACUGUUUUUUAAGAUGCAUUCAAUUGUGCAUAGGUGAAACUUUGUUUACGUGGUUUUAUUUCUAUAAAAAUGAUUGAGAAUUAACAGUUAACAACUUAAUGUAUAUUGUUUAAUAUCCCUUUUUGAGAACUGAUCUCUGAAUCCUUUUUUAAAUAAAAGACUAAAAUAAAGCUUAAAAUUCAGAAUAACAUUCCAUAUUUUCACUUGCUACACAAAUAGAUGUUUCUUUGAAUAUUAGACAAUUAAAUCACAAACUUUAACAUGCUAUGGGUGUUGCAACUCAUCUUCCAGAUUAUUGCAUUAGCAUCACUAAGAUCAACUUAGUAUAGUUUUGCUUAGGGUUCAAUAAAUCUUACUAGUGUAAGAAAGACCAAUAUGUUCCUCAUGGAAACUAAGAUUGCUGGCGUUUAACAUGCCUUACAUGUUGUCUGCUCCUAACGAUAGGAAACUUAAAAGUUGCAGUAAGAUUUAAUUUUGUGCCUGUUUUAAAAAAGUAAUUUGUCUUGACUACAAUACAGUACAUAUUGGAGCUCCCAUUGCUGGCAAGGUUAAGAUAGAAUGGGAAGAUUUGCAGGUUUCUUUGAGGACAAAGGUAUUCAAUGGAAGCUAAACAAUCCUUGGAGCAAAGUGUCUGGAAUCGCCCUGACCUGGUUUUGUACACCUUUGUUGCUGACCAGUUGUGUCAAGUAAAUGCUCAGGAGUCUGACUUAACCUUAGACCUCACCUUAGUGUUGAAUGUUUUAUGUUAUGUUAUGUUAUGUUAUUUAAAGUCAGUUCCCUCAAACUAAACAGCUUAUCUAUUUUACAUUUUUCUGCAAAUUGAUUAUUUAAGAUAACAUUUGUAUUUACAGAUAUCAUGACUUGAAUGUGUUUUUUUUUUGCAGUUUGAAGUCUCACAGCAUUUUAAAAAAAAUGCCUUCAUAAAUUGGCAAAUAAGACAAGACAAAUGUGAUUUACUACUGUUUAGUUUUGGUUUAAAACUUGUGUACAGUACCUUUUUUAAACUUGCAAGCUUUCAACAAUUUUUGUACUGUCCAGUUUUUAGCAUGGUGCUCAACAGCCUGUGAAUCUUAAAAGUGACAUCCAGCAGUGUUGGAUACUCUGCUGAACAUAAUCUGAAAAGGGUGCACUUACAAGAAUACUAAACUCUGCUUGUUGUUGAAUGAAUAACUCUAUCUGCAUGAACUGCAGGCUACAUAUAGAUUGACCAUUCACACAAGUUAUUUACAAAUCCAAAGUUGAAAAUAGAAUUUUUUUUAUACUUUGUCCUUUUAUGUAUCAGUCACUUUUAUCAAGCAUUAUUGAAUAGCUUGAUGUAUAUGUGUGGUAAUAUCACUGUUUUUGUUUGAAUCUGUUGUCUUGAUGUCAAUGUUUGAACAUAAAUGUACUGAAUUUAGUUUAAUUUGUAAUUAAAGUGUCAAUACAUUA